UGCAUAUCACAUACAAAACACAAACAUCAAGAUUCGUGAGCACGCUUAACCUCCGUUAAUUAAUUGAUUGAACGCGUCUAAGCCAUAAAAGGAUAUUUAAUCCAUUACUCAAUUGUUAGUGCAUCAAAGAAAGAAAACAAACAACGAAACAGCUGUUGAUUACCGCGUUAGUGGCAUUUUAGUUACAAACAAUAUCAAAGAACCUGACUGACGGGCCCGGCCUCGCUCGCUUGGAAAGAAGGGCGCAACAAUUGAAGGCAGAGAGAAGAAGGCAGGCAGACGCUGCGAACAAAAGGAAAAAGGCAGGCAAAAAGGAGAACAGAACCACACAAACAAUUGACGCUGCAGUAGUAUCGGCCGCUGCUCUGCUCUGCACUGCUCUCUCCCAAGUAGAAGAUAUCAAGAAGCAAAAUGACGGACGAGUGCAUCACUAGAAACUUUAUUGUGCUCGGCUCAAAUGGAACGGGCGCGGGCAAUCGCAGCAGCAUGGGCGAUAGUACCGAUGCCAAAGGCUGCGAGGGUAAAGUCGGCGGCGGCGGCGGUGGUGCAUUGGCUGCAGCGAGCCUUCCAGCCGCUGCAAUCAACAGCAAGGCCCGCAUGCCCGUGGAACGCUAUGCCAGCGAGUACAACAUGAAUCACAAGCAUCGCGGCCAGGCGAUGAUAUUUAAUCAUGAAUUCUUCGAGAUACCCACGCUGCGUGCCCGCGCUGGCACCAAUGUGGAUGCCGAGGAGCUGCGCAAGAGCUUCAAGCGCUUGGGCUUCGAGGUGUCCGUGUACAAGGACUGCAAGUGGCAGAGCAUACGCGAUCAAAUUCAGAAGAUUGCCUCGCUGGAUCACACGGACAAUGAUUGCCUGGCCAUUGCCAUAUUGUCGCACGGCGAGCAUGGCUGCAUCUAUGCCAACGAUGUGCAGUACAAGCUGGACCAGAUCUGGCACUACUUCACGGCCCAAAUGUGCCCCACGCUGGCGGGCAAGCCGAAGUUGUUCUUCAUCCAGGCCUGCCAGGGCGAUCGCCUCGACGGUGGCGUAAUGCUCGAGAAGAGCGAGACUGAAACGGAUGGGGACUCAUCCGUGGGCUACAAAAUACCCGUCCACGCCGACUUUCUCUUCUCAUACUCGACGAUACCCGGCUACUUUUCCUGGCGCAAUAUUAACAACGGCUCGUGGUACAUGCAGUCACUCAUCAAGGAGCUGAACAGCAAUGCCAAAAAGUACGAUCUGCUCACGCUGCUCACUUUCGUCAAUCAGCAUGUGGCCAUCAACUUUGAGUCGAACGUGCCGGCCAACCCAAUGAUGGAUCAACAAAAGCAAAUUCCGUGCUUCACCUCCAUGCUGACGCGCAUACUGCGCUUCAACGACAAACCCAACGGCAAUAAGGCUGGCUAAAAAAAAGUAUCUCAACCUCACACCCAGCGCCCCGCCUGAUACGUUCAACGCCCACAACAACCUCCCACCCCCCGCCUCAAUGCGUCACUUUGGAUUCCAUGCUACUUAAAGUUUAGUUGUAGGUUCUUUCUAGCUUUAUUGUUGACUAAAUUUUCAUCCCCACUCACACACACAUUCAUCAUAUAUAUAUAAUUAAUCACUUGCCAAUCGGGAAAUUACAAUUAUUAGGCAUUUAAGGUGAGAUACACAAUGGAGACUUAUGCAAAUAUACAGCCACAUAUAUAUUUGAUAUCACCAAUAUUAUAUAAGACGAAUAUACAAUGAA